AUGCCUUACAUCGACAAUCUCGCUGCGGAAAUACUCUGCGAAAUAUUCAAUUCCGUCACAGACAGUGUAGAUGAUGGCAUUAUUAAAGACCCUACUGUCGGAGGUCGGAGUGGCGGCGCACAAGUUAUGGGUGGCAUCCCAACGCGGGGCGUGAUUGCGCCCACAUCUGACGCGUACAAGCUCCCAGAGCUCAAAACGACCAUCCUCGCUGCGUUCGCCCUCUCUCACGUCUGUAAGACGUGGCGCAAGAUCGUACUUGAACGACCUGCGAUGUGGCAACGUGUCUGCAUCAGCUACCGCCAACUACUCGGUUUGGGCAAGAUGCUCAGGACUAUACUCGUGCGGUCGCACCCCUAUCCCCUCCAUCUAGACGUGUCUCUGCUUGGUUGUGUGUGGCAUCUCAGUGGAGAGGUCUAUACAGCGGCUAGGCGCCAACUGGACGAGUUUAUUAUGCGCUGCGAGUCUGUGCGUGUCGAAGGAAACCACUUUGCCCUCGCUGCUCUCCUGAAGAUCUUCGAACGGCACAAUUUAAAGGCAAGAACAAAAGCUGGGAUCAAAUGGCUCCAUGUCGUUGAGAACUUUCGUGACGCGAAUACGAACAUCCCUUCAGGUCCAUUCCCACUCGAUCGCAUCGCUCCCCAACUCAUCUGUCUGAAUGCUCAAUUCGCUGGAGCGUCUCGGUUUCCGUCGAACAUGGAUCGAAUUAUCUUUGAGGACCAUCUCUUCAAACGAGAGGUAUAUUGGGACGCGUUUUCCAUCUCGGGCGCAAAGCAUAUCGUACUUAGCAACGUCGGAAUUCCGCGGCCAUACCACAGGCUAGGAAUAAUGCUUGGGCCGCUGCCCCCAGGCUUUCCGGGUCACACGCCGUACGUUUCCCCAAGAGACAAGUACUUGGCAAGGACCGGCUCGACGCUCACUAGUAUCACUUUCCAUGCCUUGCAUGACUAUCGUCAUGAGCGGGGUUGUACUAUCAGGGCUGGCGAUAUCAUGCAGCAUGCAGCUGGGCAACUGUUUCAGGAAAUCUUUCUCAAACGCGUCGCCGCAACUCUGAAAAAGUCCAGUUCGUGAACAU